GAGCGAGGUUCGGGAGAAAGAGUGAGAGGAACGAAGAGAGUAGUUGUAAUCGCACGCCUGCGAAUGUUGGAACUCUCGGGAGCAGGGAGGAGAGACUGUACAACCGGCGAGUCAGUCGACUAUUAGUGGUCUGUGACUCUGGAGGUAGCCCGACCACCGCAGAACCGAGCCCGACGCAGCUCGGUUGCGUUCGGUCGGUAGUCGGGGCCAGUCGGGCGCUCCGCUGCUCUUUUCGGUCUGCUCGUUUUCCUCAGUCCGUCGUCGUUGCGCAUCGAGAUCAGUUGCAUCCUUUCUUUUUCGUUAAGGACAACGAAUAAGUACCCUUUUCGCGCUAUGUGACGGAUAUUACGGGGCACCGAGCGUACCCCGAUUUCUUUAUAUCAUUCCCACCCCAUCCCUCUGCCUGCCACAGCUCUCCUUUGCCCAAAGAGAGAGAGAGAGAGAGAAAGAGCGAGAGAGAGAGAGAGACAGAAAGAUCACGUUGUAAACGCAGGCACGUACAUACGCAGGCACUCGCCGAAGAAGGGGCCACGAGGGCCCCGUGGAGUCGUGCCUAGGAAAACAUGGAGUGUCCACAUCUUGCUCAAAGCGUCCAAUUCGGUGGUAACGACGUAGAAGCAAGCUGUACAAAGGAUCUACCGUUCGUCUGUGCAGUAUGCGGCACCGAGAAAAGUACGUGGCUCUGUCUCUACUGCGGAGCCGUUCACUGCGGAAGAUUCGUGUCGGGCCAUGCUCUGCAGCAUCACGAACAAAAUACUCAACACUCUGUUUGCAUCGACUGUGAGAACCUGGCAGUAUUCUGUUACAUGUGCGACGAGUACGUCGUUAACGACACGACGAACGGACAAAUCGAGAAGAUACGUCGCGUCACUUUCCGCAAGGAUGAACACAAAGAGAACGAGGAAAAUUGGAACACGUCACCGUCUACGACGCCAUCCUCGAGGAGAGAGAACAGCGACAACGACAACGACGCGGACGCCCUGUGGAAAGCGGAAGUGGUCGUGAGGAACCUUCGACCGAGGACGGCACGGAAGAGGCUACAUUCACUGGAUGGGACGAGUGGGGACAAUCGGCCGGCGACUAAGCGUAGGAGCUCAAAGAUAACCAAAGAGAAGAAGGUCGUCGGUCUAAGAAAUCUCGGAAACACCUGCUUCAUGAACGUCGUGUUGCAAUCGUUCAACAACAUCAGCCACUUUUGCGAGUACCUCACGCAGAUGCCGUGUCUCGAGGGUAUACCUUUCGACGAAUCACCCACUCACAGGGGUCGUAUCGUCACACCUGGCCGGGCGAAAGAGUUGAGCAUGAGCGACGCCUUGCUCGCCGAAGAGCUCAGGAAGGUUCUUCUAGGCUUGAAUCUCGGCGGUUCGAACGGCCAGGCGAUCUCACCCGAAUGUCUUUUCCUCGUCAUCUGGAAAGUCGUGCCAAGAUUUCGGGGCUACCAACAGCAAGACGCCCACGAGUUUCUCACCUACAUGCUCGAUAGACUACACACGGAGCUGUUGCAAUUGCUGCCCAGACUAGGACACGAGCCCCUAGGUCUGCGCGGCAAGCAAAGCAUCGUCACGGCUGUGUUCGGAGGCACUCUUCUUAGUGUGGUCCAUUGCAUGAACUGCCGUACAGAUUCCAAGACGCACGAGCCCUUCCAGGAUCUCUCAUUGGAUAUACCGGACAGACUGCAAAGACGAACGAAAGAACAGGAAGAGGUUUGCAGCCUCACGUACAGUCUGACGAGAUUCUUCAAAGACGAAGAAUUGGCCGAUAGCGAGCUCUACUUUUGCGACAACUGCAUGGGAAAACAAAGGUCCACCAAGAGGUUCUGGAUACACAGGCUGCCUAAUGUGUUGUGCCUUCACAUUAAAAGAUUUAGGUGGUGCAACUCUUACCGCUCCAAGGUGGAUACACAAGUGGAUUUCCCGAUGAAGUCACUCGAUAUGUCUGCAUUUACUGUUCGUGGCAUGAGUGGAACAAAGUUGGGUGCUUCAAAUAGUCACCUGUAUGACUUAGCUGCUGUUAUUGUGCACCAUGGUUCAGGUGCUGGAACUGGACAUUACACUGCCUUCGCUGUUCACGAUGGACAAUGGUUUCACUUUAACGAUAGCUCUGUACGACCAGCAACCACAGACGCAGUCGCUAAGUGUAAACCUUAUAUUCUGUUCUACGUGCGAAAAGAGUUUUCCAUUCCACCCCCCUUGUGACGUCGUUUCCCCAGCCAGUCCCGUCCCGAUGGUGCGAGCUUUGACGACGAUGGCGACGAGCGAGCGAACAAGACGUAAGAUAAUUCGAAUAAAAAGCUGAACGGUGCAUACAGCAAACGGCCAAACGAGAGACACGCUGUUUCGGAGUUUCUAAAAGAGGAAGGAAGUAAGCUUUAUUCAUCUGUUCCAGACGAUUAAUUAAAUAACAUGGUUAAGUAGAUUUGUAUAUAGAAAUUAUGUUUCGUUACGACAAGCGAUAGGAUUGAAUUUUAAGGUUAGGUAGAUUUCUAAUGUGCUCGAUAUCGUACAGUAAUUUGGCACACGCGUGCGAUGGCGAUUAGCACGAUACACGAGCAUAACACCGGAAAUCGAUUUAAGUUUGCCCUUUCUGUCGUUCGGAGCGAAACAAAUAUUAAUUGUCCGCAAAUGGAUGACUAUCAGCAGGGUCGGCUUCAUAGACGUAUUUCAUUUCAUAUUGAUAUAAUACGGUAAUCGAAAUUGAUAUGUUUAUUUUUGUAUUGGACUCAAAAGAUUACACAGCCGACCCUGACUACUGGGUUCCACUUUACUUGAUGCAAGGUGUUCCACUUAACUUCAUCGUCUGAAAUAUAAUAAUACUUUCUAUACUUAAGAAAUAUGGUGGAUCUGCCUCGUUUUUGUUGCACAGGGAUGAGACAAUGAGAAGAUAAGGUAGCGAACAUAUGUCAUCUAUGUAACUUAGCAAUUAUAUAGAAUAGGGAAAAUAUUUCAGGCAGUUCUGUUAGGUGAGAGACCUUGUAUGUUCUCCUUGUUUCAUACAACUUGUGUAUUUUGUUUACUUAUGAGGUCCCUGUAAGCGCGAGGAUAGGACCAAACGUUUUGUCUGAUCCAUCCUGCUAUAGGGUCUGUAUACAGUUAGCGACUAUACGAUAUAUAACCAAGCGUUUCGAUGUAGCCCCUCUAUGGCACAGAUGGGCAAAUUUUCACCGGAAUAAUAGACAAAUAGCAAUGAGAUAUGUUUUCUCAACAUUGUUUAUUCGAAUGAACAAUUGGACGAAUCAGUUUUUAUUCGUUUCAUUCGUGCGUUAUCGAAAGGACACGGCUUACACCUAAAAGCCACCAUGUUAAACAAGAAUGUUGCUCAUCUCUGCUCUACGGUAGACAAAAAUACCAUUACCGAUGUACGACGUCAUGCGUGUUGAUCGCUUCUCUCUGUAUACGCGCGUGAACAUGUAGGGGCAUAUGCCGCGGGACUGAGCUUCCUCUCCUUUUUUAGAAACACCGGAAAAAAGAGUACACGAGGCAGAACGCGGAAACGCGAUUGCCUUUAGCGUUGAUUUUCUUUAUGCUCCUUUUCGCCGGUGUCUCGGUGGUCAUUGACCACCUCCCUUCAUCGAAUCGAUUAAAGCUCCUCUGAGUCGUGUAGCGGAAUAACGCGUAUAACGCGUACCUCGUAUAGUUUUAACGCGAAAACGACUGGUCUUCUCGGUAGAUAGAUUUUUUCUAGGCUUAGCGCGACAUCGUUGUUUCGAGAGAGCUGGUAUAAACGAAAAUACCAUAUAGAGCCAAUCAACUCUGUUACUUCAGAAAACAAUGUUACCUUAUUCCUUGGAUACUUAAACCACACGACGAUACGCUCAUACACAGACACACACGUCCAUACACACGCAACCACACACACGAGCAUCGCGAAACUUACAUAUACACGAAAUCGUUUACAUGUGUGUGUUGACAAAAUACACGUAUGCAUGCAUGGUAUACAAAAUGUAUGUAUACAAAACACGUUCUCUCUUUUUCCCUUCACCCACGAUUCUCAACCGGCUCGGCGACUCUUAUGUGAUUAUUUAAAGACUUAUUUUUUCUAUAAUGGUAACGAUAAUAAGUUAAAAGCGUAGCGAAGAAACGCUUUAUUAAGGCGAUAAAAAAGAACUCGAUAAUGCGCAUCUUCGGUAAAAGACUCUCACUCGUAUGAAAUAAAAAUGAAAAUAGAAAAGAAGACAAAAAAAAAAGAACAAAGAUGGAAGUAAGCGUGCAACACUAUUAUUGAGAAUAAAUGAGAUAUGUACGAACGACGUAUAAAUAAAGAAUAUGAACGACGGCAUACACUUUAUUUAUCACGACUCGUGUUGUUGAUUUUGAAUAUAGACUUCUGUUAGCAAGUA